ACAACAUAAACACACACCUUUCAAAUCCAAUCCAAUACAAACUCCAAAACCCUUAUUAACUCCACUUUUCAUGCUCAAUGCUCAACCAAACAAACAAAGGGUUGGACAAUAAUGAGAGAUUUUGUGAUCCUUGGAUCCUCCAUUGUCUCUCCUCCUCUUAACUCAUCAUCAUCCACUCCUUCUGCUUCACUUCACCGCCACAGCAUCAAGCCCCAUAACCCUUCUCUUCCAAAGCUCACUCCUUUCUCUUCCCCUCGGAACAUUUCUUGCACCCUCCAAGUACCCCUCAACCACCAUGCUGACGUCACCUCCAACCUUGCUAGAGAAUCUGAAGACGUUGAACUCCUCGCCAAUGGGGUUCUGCUGGGAAUUCGAGACAGGAAUGUUCGGACUGUGAUUGAUACUUUGAAGAAAGUUCAGGAUCUUGGGAUUUCUCUAUCUACUCAUUUUGAUGGGUCUGCCAUGGAUAUCAUUGCAAAGGAGUGUUCAAGGAUGGUCACAUGUGACCACAUUGAGGAAGCUGUUGAAUUGAUGGAGGUUCUCGCACGUUUCCAGUUACCAAUCAGAGAACUUGUUCACCCGUCUGACAUUAUAAAACAAUGUGUUCUUUGUCGUAACCCAAUUUUAGCUGUGAGGUAUGCAUGUCUUCUUCCACAUGCACAUAUAUUAUUCAGCAACAUUAUAAGCGAAUUUGGAAAAAGGAGGGAUUUAGUAUCUGCUCUGAAAGCGUAUGAUUCAUUGAAGAAAAACUUGGAUAGUCCCAAUAUGUACAUAUACCGAGCAAUAAUUGACGUUUGUGGUCUCUGUGGCAAUUGGAAGAAAUCUAGGUACAUAUAUGAGGAUUUGCUCAAUCAGAAGAUCUCUCCAAAUAUAUAUGUGUUCAACAGUCUCAUGAAUGUGAAUGCCCAUGAUCUUAGCUAUACAUUAAACCUAUAUCAAAAUAUGCAGAAUCAUGGUGUGAAGCCAGAUAUGACAUCUUAUAACAUCCUGCUGAAAGCAUGCUGUGUUGCUGGAAGAGUUGAUCUAGCCCACGAUAUUUAUAGGGAACUUAAGCAUUGGGAAUCAGUGGGACGGCUGAAAUUAGAUGUUUUUACCUACAGUACAAUUAUAAAGGUCUUUGCUGAUGCAAAAAUGUGGCAAAUGGCUCUAAAAGUCAAGCGGGACAUGCUGUCGGCUGGUGUUUCUCUUAAUACUGUUGCAUGGUCCUCAUUGAUCAGUUCAUGCGCACAUGCAGGACUUGUAGAGCAGGCAAUUCAAUUAUUUGAAGAAAUGCUUUUGGCUGGCUGUGAACCUAAUACACAGUGUUUCAACAUCAUUUUACAUGCAUGUGUUGAAGCUUGCCAGUAUGACAGGGCUUUUCGCUUUUUCCAUUCUUGGAAGGGAAAUAAGAUGUUGGGUUCCUCUGGUGAAGGCUACAAUAUCAAUUUAAAGCAAGGAGACAUGCAUAAUGCUAAUACUGUGCCAAAUAGCUUUUCUAAUUCACAUAUCUUGAGUUUUGCUGAGAAGUUCCCUUUCGUACCAACUACAACAACAUACAAUAUCUUACUGAAGGCCUGUGGUACCGAUUACUACCAUGCAAAAGCAUUAAUCAGCGAGAUGAAAACCGUAGGUCUUUCCCCUAAUCAAAUAAGCUGGUCAAUUUUGAUAGAUUUAUGUGCAGCAUCACAAAAUGUUGAGGGUGCCAUUGAGAUUUUGAAAACCAUGGGUAAAGCUGGAAUUAAACCUGAUGUCAUUGCCUAUACAACAGCCAUUAAGGUUUGUGUGGAAAGUAAGAAUUUUAAGCAAGCAUUAACAUUAUACGAAGAAAUGAAAAGCUACGAGAUACAUCCAAAUUGGGUGACUUAUAACACACUUCUAAGGGCACGCAGUAAAUACGGCGCUCUACAUGAGGUGCAACAAUGCCUGGCUGUAUACCAAGAUAUGCGAAAGGCAGGGUACAAACCCAAUGACUGCUAUCUGGAAGAACUGAUUGAGGAGUGGUGUGAAGGAGUGAUACAAGAUAACAAAGAGAACCAAGGAGAAUUUUCUUCCAGUAAUAAAUCUGAAUUAGAGAGACCCCCGAGUUUACUUCUCGAAAAAAUUGCGGCACACCUUCUAAAGAGGGUAGCUGACAUCCUAGCAAUUGAUGUUCAAGGACUUACAAAGGUUGAAGCUCGCUUGGUUAUUCUUGCAGUUCUUCGAAUGAUCAAAGAGAAUUAUGGUUUAGGACAUUCGGUGAAUGAUGACAUCUUGAUCGUCAUAGGAUCUACCAAAGCAGACGAAAGUCCAGCCAAACACUUAUUAGAAGUGCAAAAGGCAAUAAUAGAACUUCUUAGGAAUGAAUUGGGCCUUGAAGUUCUUCCAGCAAGAACCAGAAUUGCACCUAGUGGCACAGCAAAGUUAAAGAACCCCAACCUUUCAAAUCUCAACAUAGAAGCACUACCAGGAGAGAAGGCAUUACCCACAAUGAUGGGGUUUCAGACAAGGAGACCUGCAGUUCUACAAAGGUUGAAGGUCACCAAAGAAUCAUUAUACCGUUGGUUGCAGAGUAAAGUAAGCGUUAAAUAGUAUUUGAUGACCUCUUCAUUGUUUAGAUUGGAAUUUUAAGGAAUUCUGUACAAAUGUUAGAUAUGCCAUUUUUCCCCCCAACGGCUUCUUCGACCUGUAUAUAUUGCAUCUGGAUGUAACUGCAUAUGUAUGUAUCACCAAAAUAUAGGCUGUAACAGAAUGAAUGAUACCCAGUAUCAUGGAGUAAAGUCAACUAUCUUGUUCAUUAUUUUCAGUAUUUAUUCUACUUUUACUUAACAUUCUCAAUUGCUAUAGCGAUUUUCAAUUCAGGAUCAUAAGCAAGGUUAAGAGAAACACAAGCUAUUGAAUUU